AUGAAGCAGCGGCAAGACGGCAUUAAGAAGCCUGUGGAGAUUGUAAGUGAGCUAUCGCCUCAUGGUCUACCAAAGCGUGGUUGGAAUGGCGUUACAAUUCCAUUGAACGCACGUAAGGACUCAAUGGUGGCGACACCUCGCUCUGUGACUACAACGCCCACGAGUCGCAUGACGUUGCCCAGUCCCACCGAAUAUCCCAGUCUCUUCGACGUGCAAGGUCCGAGCUCUACACGUUCUGUCGAUGGGUUAGCAAUGCUCAGCCAAAAACACGAGGUGGAGAUUCGUAUGCCACAAUCGGCGCGUGAGAGCAGCAGGAAUGGAUCUUGGACCUCGUCAGGAAGGACUGCAUUUAAGAGUAAAGAGUGGCUAGAGCGUGAGCUGGACGAUGCUCAUAGUGAAGAGGAUCAAGCUUACCUCUCGGUGUGCCAUCAUAAUUUACAUUCGGUGCUGACAAAUCCUAAGGCCAAUACUUGGGGCAGCACUCUACUGGAUGCUUUCUAUCCAACGCUGGAUGUCGAUAUCGUGUUGGCACCGUUCCCAGGCCUUGAGGAUGUGUCGACACGCGAUUUUGAGCCGUAUUUGCAUAAGUUUGGUACUAAUGCAGCCAAAUAUGAAGAAAACCAUGGGAAGCCAGUCAGCGAGCAGCUCUCGUCAAACAACGUGCCGUCGGUCUCCGUUGCAGAUGAGGACGUGACAAAGUGUCUAGAGGCUGUACCGAACAUGUUCUUCCGUUCAGCUUUUAAUCUCUCAGAUUCUAACACUUUUGACGAGGUAAUAAAUCUACCAAACGCUACGUCCCUUCAAGAAGAGCUGACGACAUACUUGGAUCGCGUAGAAUUUGCACUUCUUCGUCAGGUAUCGUCUCGCUCAGAUCGAUUUUUUGAGGCAUCAGCAGACCAGGAAGUCAUGAAAAAGUCGAUUAAAGUUGCUUGCGAUCAAGUAGCAACGCUAAGAAAUACGAUGGGUCGGCUACGAAACCUUCUUGCAGAUAAAACUCUUGAUAUCGUGAGCUUACACCGACGUCAGAAAUGUAUCAAGGAGCUCCAUGAUUUAAUGACGAUGAUUGAGGAGGUAAAGAGUGCCGAGUCCGCUGUCGAGGCUUUAGUACAGUGCCAAGACUACACGAACGCUUUAACUUUGAUCGAAAGCUCACAGGCAAUUUUGAGGGAACAUUUGCAUGGAAUUCAUGGACUUAGUUUGCUUGAUGAGAAGUUUCGUGGUUACCGAGACUUCAUCAGUAGGCAGAUAUCGCAGCAUUUUAUCUCGAUUAUUACGUCUCCCGAGUGGACGUUUCAAGAUAAAGAAGAGAACUUCGAUAAAAAACGACUGGGAAACAUUGACGACGAGAAAGACAAUGUGCAACUAAAGGUUACGUGUCUUGUAGAUGUGCUAUUUCGAUUGGAUGCACUGGACGAUACUGUGAAGAUAUAUCUUGACCAAUUGAACGAGGAAAUUCGGGUUGUUGUAAAAACAGUUGUUACCGAAACGAUUGCAGUAUCGUAUGGCAGCAAUGGUUCGACUGAUCUAGGCGUAUCUUCUGGUAGUGAAUCGAAAGUGUCGAUUCAGCUCAGAGCAUUGACAUCCGAUGAAUUUCUUCAGUGUGUGCAGAUGAUCUUUGAGCACAUGAUAAUGGUACUGAAGCGUGCUGUGGUUGUCCAGGGCAUUUUGGUGAAAUCGAUGCAAAAGAAGAUUGAUGAAUUGAUAGAAGAGAAAAAACGAGUGAAGGAUGAAGCGUAUAGUGCUGGUACGCAAGACAUGGAGGCUACAGAAGGUAUGGCUUCAUCGGAUGGACGAUCACCAUCUAAAACUGUUAGUGACAAGCAUAAAAAGCCUGGUGAAUGGAAGAAGAAGAAGACGCGGUGCGUAAGAGUGAUUCGAGAAAUUGAUGAAGUCGUGCGCAAAAUCUGCGAGUUUGCACAGCGCAGUGUAUCAAACCUGUUUGCUGUAAGAAAAGAGAUCCAGGCUGUAUAUACUAUGCCUCAGUUGCGCAAACUGUACGAUACCACCAUGGACUUCGUUAUCAGUAUUGAGAGGCUUACUGGCAAGACAGACUAUACUCUCCGUGGAGCUCUAUUUUCUCAGUUGAAGCUUUUCCUGGAAAAGUACCACCAGAUACAGGUGACGAAAUUAGUGUCAACCUUAGAUCGUGAGCUGUGGAAAAAUACCGAAAUCUCCGAGGCACGUCAUAAAUAUCUCGUUGAUCUUUCUAGUGGAAAGGGUGUUGCUCUAGUGCUUUCUGACGACCGAAAGAUUGCUGACGAAACUGCUCCACCGCGCAAGAUGGUGUCCAUUUGCGGCAAAUCGUUUCGAGUUGUAUGGUCAGUACUUCUCAUGCUGGAGAUAGUGAUGAACUAUAUGUCAUGUGCUGCCAAUUUUCCUGUUUUAGCAACCGAUGUGCUACUGCGAUCUAUCGAGAUGUUUAGGUUAUUUAAUUCCCGAACUACCCAGCUUGUACUGGGUGCUGGAGCCAUGCAGAUCGCUCGCCUUAGGAGCAUUUCUGCCCGGCACUUAGCUCUGGCAUCGCAAUCAUUGGAGUUGUCCAUGACUCUCAUUCCCCACAUAAAGGCUGCUCUUGCGGCGCAUUUUACUGACCGCCAAAAGCUGCUAUUAGAAGAAUUUGACCGCGUACUGCGCGACUACGCUGAACACAACGAGAAGAUAUAUAGCAAGUUUACGGGUAUUGUGGAAGACCAGAUCAUGAAGCGUUUUCUGGAAAACGUUGCUACAGAGGUUGACUAUGAUCUUGCCAGCCUCGUUGUCCCGACGAAUCCGAUGCGCGGCAUUACGCAGAGUACACUUAAACUUCAUGCAGUGUUGCAUCCUAUUCUCUCGCCGCCGCAGAUGAAGGACGUCAUGUCGCGUGUAUUCGACAUGUUCACACAGAAGUUGCCUGACUGCUUCAAACUGGUACAGCCUCGAACAGCAGCAGGCAAGAAACGUGUUUUGGAAGACGUCGACAUGUUCGUGAAGAGCUUUAAUGAGGUCACCGAGCUAACUUUUGACGGCGGCAGUCUCUUGAGCCAUUUCAAGAAUGCCUACAGUGUGUCCUAG